CGCCGCGGCGACCGGAAACGGAACCGGAACCGGAAACAGAACCGGAAGCAGAACCAUGAACCGCGCCAAGAAGCAGAGACCCAGGCGGUACUGGGAGGGAGACGCCGCCGACCCCCCAAAAUCAUCCGAGAAACCGAGCGGGUCCCGGACGGGGGCGUCUACUACAGCCGCCGCCGCUGCCAAGGCUUCUGGGCCCGUGAGGAGGGGCUCUGGGAAACCGAGCGGGUCCCGGACGGGGGUGUCUACCACAGCCGCCGCCAAGGCUUCUGGGCCCGUGAGGAGGGGCUUUGGGAAACCGAGCGGGUCCCGGACGGGGGCGUCUACCACAGCCGCCGCCGCCGCCAAGGCUUCUGGGCCCGUGAGGAGGGGCUUCGGGGGGCCACACGGGACCCGGAAGGGGGCCGCCGAUGCCGCCGCAAAGGCUUCUGGGAGGCCCGGGAAGAGGGGCUUUGGGGGCCGCCCGCAGGCGCCCACCAAGGCCCGGGGGCGUCCAGCGGGUGAGCGGGGGCCGGCGAGACUGCACUGGACGUCCGCCCGCUGCCCGGAGAAGAAACCGACCCGCACCCGGCUCGGGCGGCGAGUUUCCGGGGCCCAGGACCCCUUCCCCGGACCCGCCCCGCUGGCGGACGACAAAGUGAAGAAGUUUCGGCGAGGAGGAGGAGGAGGAGACGCCACGGCGCCCGCGGCCCUCCCCCUGGCCCAGGAGCGGCUGAAGCGGGCCGAGGCCCAGGACCGGGAGGCCAGCGUGUGGGCCGCCCGCGCCGAGCUGCUGCUGCCCGAGGAGCCGGGGUUCCUGGAGGGGUCCGACGGGGAGGACACGGCCGCCGUCCGGCAGAGGGACAUCGCCGACGCCGUGGACAUCGCCAGCGCCGCCAAGUACUUCAGCCUGAAACUGGACCAGUUCGGGCCCUACCGCCUCGACUACUCCGCCACGGGACGGCACCUGACCCUGGGGGGCCGCCGGGGCCACCUGGCCGCCUUCGACUGGACCACCAAGUCGCUGUCGUGCGAGAUCAACGUCAUGGAGGCCGUCCGGGACGUGCGGUUCCUGCACCUGGAGACGCUGAUGGCGGUGGCCCAGGGGCGCUGGCUGCACAUCUACGACAACCAGGGCAUCGAGCUGCACUGCGUCCGGCGCUGCGACCGCGUCACCCGCCUCGAGUUCCUGCCCUUCCACUUCCUGCUGGCCACGGCCUCCGAGACCGGCUUCCUCACCUACCUGGACGUGUCCGUGGGCGAGAUCGUGGCCACCCACCUGGCCCGGGCCGGGCGGCUGGACGUCAUGGCCCAGAACCCCCACAACGCGGUCGUCCACCUCGGGCACGGAAACGGGACGGUGACGCUGUGGAGCCCGGCGGUGAAGGAGCCCCUGGUGAAGAUGCUGUGCCACAAGGGAGGGGUCCGCGCCGUGGCCGUCGACCCCACGGGCACGUACAUGGCCACUUCGGGCCUGGACCGGCAACUGAAGCUGUUCGACCUGCGCGGCGCCUACCGGCCCCUGCGGGCCCGGCCCCUGGCCCUGGGGGCCGCCCACCUGGCCUACUCCCAGCGGGGUCUACUGGCCGCCUCUGUGGGCGAUGUAGUGGACGUCUACCGGCCCGACGACCCGGGCCCGGGCCGCCCCUUCCUCUCCCACCGCCUCCCCGGGCCCGUCCACGGCCUCCGCUUCUGCCCCUUCGAGGACGUGCUGGGCGUGGGCCACGCCGACGGCUUCUCCAGCCUGCUGGUGCCCGGAGCCGGCGAGCCCAACGUGGACGGUCUGGCCAACAACCCCUACCGCAGCAAGAAGCAGAGGCAGGAGUGGGAGGUCAAGGCCUUACUGGAAAAGAUCCCCGCCGAGCUCAUCGGGCUGGACCCCCACUGCCUGGGCCGGGUGGACGUGCAGACCAUGGAGCAGCUGAAGCGAGACAAGAUCGAGAGGCUGGGCUUCGACCCCGACGCCCGGACGCCCUUCCAGCCGCGGGCGAAGACGAAGGGCCGCGGCUCGGCGGCCGGCCUCCUCCGGAGGAAGAGGAAGGUGGCCGACCAGGACAAGAGGGAGCUGAUCCGCCAGAGUCUCCAGGAGAAGGAGCGGGAAGGGGAACCCGGAAAGAAGGGGAAACUGAGGCCCCCGGGCUCCCGGCCCUCCGCCCUCGACAGAUUCGACCGGUGACCCCCCCGCUUUGGACGACGACGACGAUAAUUACAAUAUUCUUGAUAAUUGCGGUGUCGUCGGUUCAG